AUGGCAGAUCCUUCUGAUAAGGCGGGCGAGCACGACACUGGGUCGGACGCGUUCCAGCCGUUUCGUUAUUAUCCCUUCCGCGGUGUAGGCCUGGACGUUACGGACACAGAUAUUUUAGCUCUUUCGGACGAUAGGGCACCCGUCACCCCCGCUGCUAUGACGCUUGCACUGCUCACCCGUAGUGAGGGCGCAGCAAGCACGACCCGUAGGGGACGGGGUGAGGGUGCUCACCCCCAUUGUGGGUGUGACUGGGGCAAACCGGUCGCUCACUUCCCCUUUGAUGCCCCUCUGUGUGCUGCCCCACAGCCCAUAGCGGACGGAGUGAGGGUGCUGACGCCCAUCGUGAGAGGGGUGGGGGACGAAGGAUGGGGGUCCACAGAGUCCACCCGACCAGAUGUGCGGGAGGCGGAGGGUCUUAUUUGCUCUCUGCUGCACGCUACAUGCGCCCCCUAUCUUUACCUCCUCUCCUCAUAUGCUGUGUUGUGGCACCUUCCACCCACUCUUCCCUUCCCGUCCCUCCCAGUCCACCCGAUCAGAUGUGGAUGCAGGAGGGGCGGCUGGAAGACGACAUUCACAGCGAGUUCUUCAUUUCCGCAUGCACCACUGCUACAGCGGCUACAUCCGCCCCAGCCGCUACAUUUACCACCCCACCUCCCCCCCUUUCUUUCCACGCUCCCCCCCCCACACAGGUGGAUGCAGGAGGGGCGACUGGAUGACGACAUUCACAGCGAGUUCUUCAUUUCUUCAUGCACCACUGCUGCUUCCGCAGAUGCGCACACAGCUACCACUGAUGCUGAUGCUGAACUCACCAAUUCCACCACGCCUGCCACGGGGCGAGGGGAAUGGCGGGGUGCAGAGGGGUGGGAAGGGGCGAAUGUGGAAGGGCGGCGGUUUGUUGUGCGGUGUGAUGCGGUGCCGGUGCUGUUCCAGUCGGUGGCUGACGAUGUGCUGGCCACGGGGCAGCUGGUGCAUGCGCUGAGGGAGCAUGGUGCAAUGAGAUCGACCCCUUUCCACAUCCUCGCUCUGGUAUGCGCUGAAGGGAGCAUGGUGGGUGGGUGGGUGCAUGGUGCGCCUUGUCAAGCCUCUGCUUGGGUCAACACUCCCUCUCCCUUCUCCUCUCCUCCCUUUUUCACACCACAGCUGACUCCGUCAGCGGAAGAGGCAGAACGGCCACAGAUGCAGCUGGGCAGUCUAGAGGAGAGCGUGGGUGCGCGCAUGCAGGCAGUGCAGCAGACAAUGCUAGAUCUUACAAGGCAGAGCCACCUGCUGGGGCAUCUGCUCACCAUCAGACGAGUGCUACUGCUCUCCCAGGCGGAUUCCUGGUCGGUCGGUCUUCAUGGCGUUGGCAGGCAAGGGAGGAGCUCUGAGUCUGACAUGCAGCCGGGUCGGCUCAUCAUGUGCCCGCCCCGCCCUUGUCAUGUCCCUCCUGACUGCUCCUCACCCUUACUCACCUCACCAUCAAAUCCAUCAGGCGGACUUCCUGUUGGAUGCAUGGCAGUGGCAGGCGAGGAGGGAGGAGAGGAGAGGAGAGGAGAGGAGAGGAGAGGAGAGGAGAAGAGAGGAGAGGAGAGGAGAGGAGAGUCGGCUGACUUCCUGUCGGACUUCAUGGCGCUGGCAGGCGAGGAGCUCUGCAAGCCGGUCAGCAGGGCGUCACAGGCUCGCAUCGAUCUCUCACUAGGUGCCUCUCUCCGCGCCUCCACAGCAGCCACAGACCCUAAUAGUGAUCCGGCCUUGCGCACAUGUGUGACCUUCCAUUAUCCCAACCCUAUGCUCCUCAUCUCUUCCCACGCCUUUCUCCCUCUCCAGCUCUCAUUAGGCGCCUCUCUGCGCUCCUCCACUGCAGCCAAUGACCUCAACUGUGACCGCCUCUCUGCACACCUGGUCCCUGUCGAACUGCCCAGUCCCUCCAACUCAUCGCUUCCACAGCAGCCCCUCCAACCUCUCCAAUCACAAUCGCCGCCCUCACACCGCGCACCAGACCCACCACAGUCGCAUCUGCACCAGUCACGGGAGAGCAUGGACGGUGCAGAUCUGCUGAGCAGCCUCCAGGCGUACGAUCAAUACGAGGACCUGCUAGCAGAUGAUGCAAAUGAUGACUCUCUUGCUGCUCAUGCUCAUGGUGGUGGCAGCGGUGCGGAUGGCGAUGGUGGUGGGAAUGACAGGCAACUCUACAGCAACCCUCUCUCGCUGCUACCCCAGGUCACCCCUGUUCGGCCAGUCACCCCUGUUCAGCCAGUCAUCCCUGCAGCUGCAGCGGCGGCACAGACACCAAGGGGGGGAGGGGCUGAACGGAGGGGAGCUUCAGGGGAGAGUGGAUGGGAGGCUAUCUAUAUCGACUACCAGGUGGCUGUACCAAUGGUGCUGUGCUGCCCGCGUCCUCCCUGCUCGCCGCCAACCGCAGCUUCUGCUUCCUGCUCUCCUCACUCCCCUUCCCUUCCUCUGUCCGCAUCUCACCCGUUAACCUCACCUGUUACCGACCUACGAGCUUUUCCUUCCCCAUUCACUGCAGGCGCGCUGGCCAGUAGUGUCCAUGGUGGUGGUACCACUCAUCAUCUGUCACCCACGCGUUUCCCACCUCUUCUUCCUUCCCUACACACUGCAGGCCCCUUGGCCCCUUGGCCAGUAUCCGCGGUGGUGCCCCCAUCCGCCCUGCAGGGUUACAACCUAUCCGCGGUGGUGCCCCCAUCCGCCCUGCACGGUUACAACCGUCUCUUCCGCUUUCUCCUCGCCGCCAGGCGCACCCACCUGCACCUCGCACUCGCAUGGUCUGCCCUGCAGGCGAAUCUGGGUCCCCAAUACACACUUCACUCCCACUCGCAGCUGACACGGGGACUGAAGGUGGAGGGGACAAUGCUGCAGCGCGUGCACUGGCUGCGGCAUCGCAUGGCGUGUGCUGUCACUGCCAUCCUUGACCAUGUUGCAUACGCAAAGGGAGGUGUGUGGGUGUGCGUGCAUGGCUUUCCAUCCUGGCUGCGGCAUCGCAUGGCGUGUGCUGCCAUUGCUAUGUUCGGCAGUGUGGCACAUAUGCCUUACCUCUUCCCAUUGAUUCCUGUGCCCUCAUUUUCUUCAUCCGAACCUCCCUCCCCUCCCACCAACCUUAAUUUGCCCACUCAACUGCCAAAUGGCUUUCCCGACUUUCUCCCCCGAUUCUCCUUCCAUCUCCUUCCCAUCUCACCCAUCUGCCUGCAGAAACUAUCUGCCCUCCUCUCCAUCUCUCUUCGCUUCGCCACCACAGUCAGCACCACCAUCCACACAGCCUCCUCUCUCCCGGGCCUUGAUUCGUCAUCUUCAUCAUCAUCAGCAGGAGGAGGAGGAUGGGGAGGAGGAAGGGGGGGUUAUGGGUCGGAGGGUAGAACCAGUGGAGGCGAGCUGGCUGAUUAUGCCUACGGUGAUGCCACGUCAGAUGCCAAGGGACAGGCGGCGCGGGCGGCAUUCCGUCGGCAGUUAGCGGUGGAGGAGCUACAGCGGGGUUUGGAGCGGGAAGGGUUUGUUGAAGAGAUGAGCGCCAUGCACACGGCCUUCGCAGCCUCUCUCCGGGCCGCCACUGCUGCCAUCGCAUCUGCCCUCCGAGACCAUCCAGUGUUGCUCUCACUGCACCUCGCCCUCACCGCCUUUGCCAAAGGCCUUCCUUAG